UCAAUUGUCAAAUAUACACACGUGGGCCAAAUAUAAAAUUUUGGUUUGAUUUUUCUGUUUUAUUUAAUUUUAAUAAAAUGACUAAAACUCGAGCAGCAGAAGUUUUAUCUUUGGAAAAAUCAAAACAAAAAGAAGUUGUCAAAGAAACAAAACAGUUAAAAAAGAAAAUAAAGGAUGGAACCGUCACAGUUAAAGGUACAAAGAAAGCUCUAAUUGCAGCCCAAGAGCAAAAAAGGGGUCUUAUAUUUAUAUCCCACUUGCCUCAUGGUUUCUAUGAAGAUGAACUUAAGAAAUACUUCACACAAUUUGGUAAAGUUACCAAUGUUAUAGUUUGUAGGUCCGGCAAGACAGGAAACAGCAAAGGGUAUGGCUAUGUUGAGUUUGUGAACCCAGAAGUAGCCAAGAUUGCAGCAGAAACUAUGAACAACUACUUAAUGUUUAAGAAGAGAAUAACAGCUAAUUUUGUUGCACCUGAAAAGCGACCAAAGGGAUUAUUUAUGGGCAAACCUAACACAAUUACUAGGUAUUCCUCCAAAGUUAGGAGGCAAAAACAAUAUCUGGUUAAUAUAAAGCUGGACCCUAAAACUCAGGCAAAAAGAACCGCUAAUAGACUGACAAAAAUAAAUAAGAAACUGGAAUGGCUAAAAAAUGCUGGAGUGGAGACUUCAUUCACACCUUCAAAUCUAGAAGUUAAACAGAAGAAAAGUGUUCCAAGAGUUAGUAAUACACACAAAGAACUUGAUUUUGAUUCAGAUAUAGAGCUCAAGAUACCAGUUAAAAAAGCUAAGAGUGCAGUUACUAGUAGUAAAAAUUCACCAAAAGUACUUUCAACUAAAGCUAGUAAAUCAAAUAAAAAAUUAAACAAGUCUGUAUCGUCAGAGUCUGAAAAAACUCCAUCAAUUAAAAAGAAAUUAAAUAAAGCUAGUAAAACUAAUAUAGUAGAAGAUACAUCACCUUCAGAUAAGAAGAGUUUGAAAAAGAAGAAUAAGUCAUCUAAAGGUAUCACCAAAAAAUCUAAAAAGCCUGAACCAAUCAACACACAAACUGUAAAGAGGAUUGCAAGAGAACUAAUCAAGAAACGUGGAAGCUCAUUAUUGGGUGUUCCUGUAGAAGUGUCUAAUGGUAAGACUAUAAAGAAGAAGUUAUCAAAAAAAUAAUUAUAGGUAAUUAGGAUUUUCUGUUUUGCAGUCUUAAAAAUAUAUUUUAUAAAAAUA